GAUUAAUCAAAUUUGAUGUGACCGACUCUAUAUAGGCUCUACAGGCUACAGUCCAUUUUAGUAUUUUCAGAGAGAGUUUUCUCUCUGUGAUAUUUUACUUGGAUAGAAUUCGUUACCAACAAAAAGGCUACGGAAAAGGCAAACUUGCUUGAAAAACCCUAAAUACAACCUCUUUGAUGAAAAGCCGUCUUGCGCGCCGUUUCAAGUUUCUAAACGAAAUGAUGGAGGUUGAAUUGGAUUGAAUGUUGAUUGAAUUGGUGGAGAUGGUUAGAGAGUGAUGAACAGAUAAUUGUUAUGAUGAAUAAUCUGGAGGAAUCUGCUAGAGAGACAGAGUUGUCUGAUAAAGCAAAGGCGAACAGGUUAAAGAGACGUUCACUUUCUUCUUCCAACAAUGAUUCUGAAAAAAACCGAAAAAGACGAAACGUAUGCAGUAAGGAUAAAAGAAAAAAGUCAAAACGUAGAAGUAGUUCCAAUAGUUCUAGUUCUUCAAACUCGGAGAGAAACAUGUAUAGAGCGAAGAAGGAUAGAGAUGAGGAUGUAAGGUACAAAACUAAAAAGUAUGGAAAUAGUACAGAAUUGCAAAGAAGAACUGGGAGAUAUAAUAACGAUCAUAGAUUCUACAAUCGUAGACCUGGUAACUUUAUGAAUAAUCAAAGAGAUUAUGGCUAUUCACGACCUUACAGACACCAGAACUAUUAUAAUAGAAAUAGAAGAGAUACACAUAACAAUUAUUAUAAUAGAUAUAAUAACAGAACUUUUGAAAGAACAUUUAAUCAUAACAGAUCAAGGAUAUCAAAUUAUCAUAGAAGUACUGGCCACGAUACAACUAGUCAGCUCUCGCGUGAGAGUAGUUCAAAGGAGCAUACAAAUCAAUCGCGAUCUAUCUCUAAAACAGAAAAAUCUGAUUCAACAAAAGAUAACACAGAAAUAGUUGAACAAAUAAAACAGAAAGAGAAGAAAAAAGUAGAAAAUGCACAAGACAUUGCUCAGCCAAGUCGCAAGAAAUUAAAGAGGAAGAGAUUUUCGUCCACUUCUAGUUCUUCUAGUGUCAGUAGUAGCACUAGUGACAGUAGCUGCAGCAGUUCUAGCAGUCAUGUUAGUAGCAGCAGCAGCAGCAGCAGUAGCAGUGAUACUGAUAGCAGUAGCAGUAGCAGCAGUAUUGAUAGCUCAGAGAACGAAAGGAAGCAGAAGAAGGCUAAAAAGAAGGCUAAAAAAUUGAAGAAGGCCAUGAAGAAAAGGAAGAAGAAAAAACGGAUGAAGAAGAAAUUGAAAAAAAAAUUGAAGAAAUCUGCAACCAAGAAAAAAGGCCAUGGUAAGAAGAAGUCUAAGGAAAAUAAACAAGUCCAAGAUGGCAAGGAAAAAGCGAAAGAAAUUGUAUUGGACGUGACAGAAAGAGCAAAAGUCAUGGCACCCAUGACAAAAGAGGAAUGGGAAAAAAGGCAGAGCAUCGUGCGCAGAAUAUAUGACGAGGAGACUGGAAGACACAGAUUAAUUAAAGGCGAUGGAGAAGUUUUGGAAGAGAUAGUGAGUCGGGAGCGACAUAAGGAUAUUAAUAGACAAGCGACCAAAGGAGAUGGCAAAUACUUCCAAAAACAGUUGAAGAUGAAUGCUCUGUGAAAAAUAUUUUUGUGUUUAAAAACAAAAAAUAUAAUUACCCUCUUUACAUAUAUGAAUUAGGUAUUGUAUAACAUAGUCAUAUAUAAGUUAUAUACGUAUGUAUAUAUACAUAUAUAUAUGUAUAACUUACAUAGCUUGUGUAAAUUAUAUAUGUAUAUAUGUAAAACUUCUUCCUUGUCUCAUAUAAUGUUGCUAUCUGAUAUCCAGGGAUAGGAAGUAACGAGUUACAAUAAGUAAUAUCGUUAUCCGUUACCGCUGCUUUUUUAUGAUACUUUUUUUAUCAUGAUAAUAGCAUUACAAUUUUUUAUAAUAGUAAAACCAGAGUUGGAAUAAUCACUUUUGACAACAAAAAGUAUUAACUUGUAACGAGUCAAAGUAACAUGUUAUUUCUGCGUUACUUUUGAUCAUUAUAAGGUCGUAAUCAGGUUAACUAAUGGUUUAUUUUUUUCAAUGCAUCAUAACAACGAGUUACUUGUCAAAAGAGACUAUUCCAACCCGGGCGUUACCAUUACCAUUAUGAAAAAUUGAACCAUCAAAUCGUUAUUACAAAAAAAAAAAAUAAUAAAAGUAACGUUUUAAAAGUGACUCGUUACUUGUAAUCACUUACUUCCCAUCACUGCUAAUACGUGUUUUGUAUUGCGAUUUUGAACACAUUUAUCUAAAGACAUACGUAAACUUGUUAUGCAUUAAAACAAUUGUAAUUCAUGCGUAAGUUGCAGAAAAUUAGAUUAAGUUUAAAUUUUUUUAAUGUCAUCCCUAUCGUAUGAUGCAAUGUAUUGGAAAUAAAUUUUUAUAUAGGAAA